UUCAACUGAAUUUUGGGAAGGCAAGGCGAGGUAAGGAAGAAUGAUACUCAGAACUCCACCGCCAUCGAAGAGGCCACGAGCGGACGCCGAUGCUGACGCUGAUCAACAGCUUGUCAUCUACGAGGAUCCGCCGGUGUCGGUUCCGGCACCGGAGUCAUCUCAGGAUCCCUCCGUUUCUGAGCACAUGCUCUGCACCUAUCAGUGUCGCCAAAUGGUUAAAUCGGAUUUUAUUGAUGCCUUAAGCAGAGCUGAAAAUCAAGUUCGUGAUUAUCAAUCUAAAUUGGAGACGUUGGAUGACAAUUUCCAAAAAGUUGAAUCUGAGAGGAAGAAAUUUCUGGACCAAUUCUUAUAUGCGGAACAGGAACUGGCAGCUGCAAAAGGACGUGAACAGGCACUCCAAGACCAACUUUUAAAGGAGGUGACUGAAUCUCAAGAACGAUUAAGAAAACAAAUCCAAUUAAACAGUGAACUACAGGUUAAGCUCCAAAAUGAGAUGAACCUUCGCAUUAAGGCUGAGUCUCAUGCUGCUUCAGCAGAAAAGAAAGCAACAUCUUUAGAAGGAAAGCUGGGGCAUCUCUCAGAGAGCAUAGAGAGGGAAAAAAAUCGACUUCAUGAUGAACAUGCACAACUGAAAAGGGACUCAAAGUUAUCUAUUUCUAGGAUAACUGCAAAUCUUGAAAAAAUGGAAUGCAGAGCUAAUAAUGCUGAGAAAGAAGCAGAGCUGCUUAAAGAACAGCUGAAACAUCUUAAGGACCAACUCAAUGAGUGUAUGCACCAGAAGAUUGAAGUUGAAAAAAAUCUGUCAACUUUAAUGUCUCAAGAAGUAUCUUUUACAGAGAGUGAUGCUUUAGUUAAAAAUUUGCAGCAGGAGCUUCGGAACUAUGAAUCUGAAGUAAGGGAAGCAAGAAAGUUAAGAUCAAGUCAUGAGAACAUUGAGCUUUUGAAGGAGAAAUUGUUGGAGGAAAAGAGCCACAGGGAAAAGGCAGAAUCAGAGCUAUCCAAGUUACAGGAUGUCCAAUUAAAUAUGAACAAAUUAGAGGAUCAAAUAUCAUCAUGGACAAUGAUGAUUAAAAACAUACCUGGUGUCUCAUCUUUUGAAGACUUGCCUUUUAAAUUUGCUGCUUUACAGAAAGAGGUCAUUUAUAGCACACAGAAGGAGGGCGAGAUAUCUGCUCGCUUGAAACAACUGGAGGUGGCUUUGGAUGCUGCUGAGAUUGGUAAACAAAAUGCUGAAGCUGAGGCUGUGUUGGCUAAAGAGAAAGCAGAACUAUUAAAAUCAGAAAUUAAACAGAUUGAGUUAAUGCUUGCUGUUGUUACUGAGGAAAGAAAUAAAUUAAGAAAUGUUGCCAAUUUGAAGAAUGAUGAAGCUUUGGAUGCAUCAAGAACUGCUAAUCCUGAACCUGAAUCAUCUCUUAUGAAGAAAGAUGAUUGUAUUAGAGAAUUAGAAAGUAACUUGCAUGAGCAGAGAGUGGUUAAUAAUCAUCAAUUUGAGGAAAUAACGUUACUUAAUGAAAAGUUGCACAGUGAAGCAAGAAGAGUGAAGUCAUUGGAGAGGGAGAGUGACCGGCUCCGUUCAGAGAUUUCAUUAUUAGAGGCAAAGUUGGGCCAUGGUGAUUUUUCUGCUGCUAAUACCAAAGUUCUGCGGAUGGUGAAUACACUUACUGUUGACAGUGAAGCCAAACAAACCAUAGAGGCACUGCAAACUGAGCUACAAAAAACAAAAGAGAAAUUAAAAGCUGUUGAGGAAUUGAAAGGUCAAUCAGGAGAAGCUGGAAAGCUGGUAGAUAGCUACAUAUCAGAUAAGAUUUUGCAAUUAAAAGAGCAAAUUGCAACCCUUGAGAAGCGAGAAGAAAGAUACAAGACUGUUUUUGCAGACAGAAUUUCUGUCUUCCGGAGGGCAUGCUGCGAGCUUUUUGGUUACAAGAUUGUGAUGGAUGAACACCAACGUCCAAAUGGAAUCCCAGUGACACGAUUUACCUUGCAGUCCAUUUAUGCUCAAAGUGAUGACGAGAAGCUUGAAUUUGAAUAUGAAUCAGGGAAUACUAACAUUUUGGUAAAUCAUUAUACAUCUCAACCUGAGGUUUCUCGUCAGGUUGAGAUAUUCAUUCGGAAGAUGAAUUCAAUUCCUGCCUUCACUGCCAACAUAACGGUGGAGUCUUUCAAUAGAAGAACCCUGUCUUAAAGUUCUGGAAUUUGGUCAGCUAGUAAGGCUGGUACUACUGGACAUGGUUUGCUUUCUGGGAAUGUAGAGAUGGAUGCUUUGGAUUUGAAAAAUGUCACAUUUUUUCCUUUUAAAUAAUAAGAGUGAGGUGGAAUUUUGGGCAUACAGACUUGUACUGAGGUGAAUUUCAUCGUGUUUCGUCCUUUGGCCGUUCUUAAUAUUACAUAUGAUUUUU